GACCGAAGACAGCCUAGGAGAAGCUCCGCGGGCCGCCCGCGCUCCCCUUCCCAGGCGCCCCUUCCGGCGCUGCGCCCGGGCUCCUGCCCUCGCCGCGAUCCGCGCUCCCUGCCCGGUGCAGCUCGAACCAUGGGACCCGAGCCGCUGUGAGCACCAUGGAGCUGGCGGCCUGGUGCGGUUGGGGGCUCCUCCUUGCCCUCCUGUCCCCCGGAGCCGCGGGCACUCAAGUGUGCACGGGCACAGAUAUGAAGCUGCGACUCCCAGCCAGUCCCGAGACCCACCUGGGCAUGCUCUACCACCUCUACCAGGGCUGCCACGUGGUGCAGGGUAACCUGGAACUCACCUACUUGCCCGCCAAUGCCAGCCUCUCCUUCCUGCAGGACAUUCAGGAGGUACAGGGGUACCUGCUUAUUGCUCACAAUCAAGUGAGGCAGAUCCCGCUGCAGAGGCUGCGCAUCGUACGAGGGACCCAGCUCUUUGAGGACAACUACGCGGUGGCCGUGCUAGACAACGGAGACCCUUUGGACAGUGCCAUCCCUGUCUUGGGGGCGGCCCUCCCCGGAGGGCUGCGGGAGCUGCAGCUUCGAAGCCUCACAGAGAUCCUAAAAGGAGGGGUUUUGAUCCAGCGGAAUCCUCAGCUCUGCUUCCAGGACACGAUUCUAUGGAAGGACAUCUUCCACAAGAACAACCAGCUGGCUCCCAUGGAGAUAGACACCAACCGCUCACGAAUCUGCUCACCCUGUGCCCCCGCCUGUAAGGACCAUCACUGUUGGGGAGAGGGUUCCCAGGACUGUCAGAUCCUGACUGGAACCGUCUGUGCCAGUGGCUGUGCCCGCUGCAAGGGCCGGCUGCCCACUGAUUGCUGUCACGAGCAGUGUGCUGCUGGCUGUACAGGCCCUAAGCAUUCUGACUGCCUGGCCUGUCUGCACUUCAACCAUAGUGGCAUCUGUGAGCUGCACUGCCCAGCCCUGGUCACCUACAACACAGACACCUUUGAGUCCAUGCCCAACCCUGAGGGACGUUAUACCUUUGGUGCCAGCUGCGUGACCACCUGCCCCUACAACUACCUCUCUACGGACGUGGGAUCCUGUACCCUGGUCUGCCCCCUGAACAAUCAAGAGGUUACAGCCGAGGAUGGAACCCAGCGGUGUGAGAAAUGCAGCAAGCCCUGCGCCCGAGUGUGCUAUGGCCUGGGCAUGGAACACCUGAGGUCAGCGAGGGCAGUCACCAGUGCCAAUAUCCAGGAAUUUGCUGGCUGCAAGAAGAUCUUUGGGAGCCUGGCGUUUUUGCCGGAGAGCUUUGACGGGGACCCCGCCUCCAACACUGCCCCUCUGCAGCCUGAGCAGCUCCGUGUGUUUGAGACCCUGGAGGAGAUCACAGGUUACCUGUACAUCUCCGCAUGGCCAGACAGCCUGCCUGACCUCAGUGUCUUCCAGAACCUACGAAUCAUCCGCGGACGCAUUCUGCAUGAUGGUGCCUACUCGCUGACCCUGCAAGGCCUGGGCAUCCGCUGGCUGGGGCUGCGUUCACUGCGUGAGCUGGGCAGUGGGCUGGCACUUAUCCACCGCAACAUUCACCUCUGCUUCGUGCACACGGUGCCCUGGGACCAGCUCUUCCGGAAUCCACACCAGGCCCUGCUUCAGAGCGGCAACCGGCCGGAAGAGGCAUGUGUGGUUGAGGGCCUGGCCUGCUACCCACUGUGCGCCCAUGGGCGCUGCUGGGGGCCGGGACCCACCCAGUGUGUCAACUGCAGCCAGUUCCUUCGGGGCCAAGAGUGCGUGGAGAACUGCCGAGUAUUACAGGGGUUCCCCAGGGAGUAUGUGAGUGACAGACACUGUCUGCCGUGCCACCCCGAGUGUCAGCCCCAGAACGGCUCAGUGACCUGCUUUGGAUCGACUGUGACAAGAUCCCAAGGAAACCUGUGUUCUUGGCUUCCACACCCUGCCUCCAACCUCGGUUUUCGCAUCUACGAGGAGGCUGACCAGUGCAUGGCCUGUGCCCACUACAAGGACCCCCCUCACUGUGUGGCUCGCUGUCCCAGCGGUGUGAAGCCGGACCUCUCCUACAUGCCUAUCUGGAAGUUCCCAGAUGAGGAGGGCACAUGCCAACCGUGCCCCAUCAACUGUACACACUCCUGCGUGGACCUGGAUGACAAGGGCUGCCCCGCCGAGCAGAGAGCCAGCCCGGUGACGUCCAUCAUCGCCACUGUGGUGGGCGUCCUGCUGUUCCUGGUCGUGGGGCUGGUGCUUGUGAUCGUGAUCAAGCGGAGGCGGCAGAAGAUCCGCAAGUACACCAUGCGCAGGCUGCUGCAGGAGACCGAGCUGGUGGAGCCACUGACCCCCAGCGGAGCCGUGCCUAACCAGGCUCAGAUGCGCAUUCUGAAGGAGACGGAGCUGAGGAAGGUGAAAGUGCUUGGAUCCGGAGCUUUCGGCACCGUCUACAAGGGCAUCUGGAUUCCUGAUGGGGAGAGCGUGAAAAUUCCUGUGGCCAUCAAAGUGUUGAGAGAAAACACGUCCCCUAAAGCCAACAAAGAAAUCUUGGAUGAAGCCUAUGUGAUGGCUGGUGUGGGCUCCCCGUAUGUGUCUCGCCUUCUGGGUAUCUGCCUGACAUCUACCGUGCAGCUGGUGACACAGCUUAUGCCCUACGGCUGCCUUCUGGAUCAUGUCCGGGAACACCGUGGGCGCCUGGGCUCGCAGGACCUGCUCAAUUGGUGUGUGCAGAUCGCCAAGGGGAUGUCCUACCUGGAGGAGGUGCGCCUCGUGCACAGGGACCUGGCUGCCCGCAAUGUGCUGGUCAAGAGUCCCAACCAUGUCAAGAUUACAGACUUCGGGCUAGCUCGGCUGCUGGACAUCGAUGAGACUGAAUACCACGCAGAUGGGGGCAAGGUGCCCAUCAAGUGGAUGGCGCUGGAGUCCAUUCUCCGCCGGCGGUUCACUCACCAGAGCGACGUGUGGAGCUACGGUGUGACUGUGUGGGAGCUGAUGACUUUUGGGGCCAAACCUUAUGAGGGGAUCCCAGCCCGGGAAAUCCCCGAUCUGCUGGAGAAGGGGGAGCGGCUGCCCCAGCCGCCCAUCUGCACCAUCGAUGUCUACAUGAUCAUGGUCAAAUGUUGGAUGAUUGAUUCUGAAUGUCGCCCGAGAUUCCGGGAGCUGGUGACCGAAUUCUCUCGCAUGGCCAGGGACCCCCAGCGCUUUGUGGUUAUCCAGAAUGAGGACUUGGGCCCAACUAGCCCUUUGGACAGUACCUUCUAUCGCUCCCUGCUGGAGGACGACGACAUGAGCGACCUGGUGGAUGCUGACGAGUACCUGCUUCCCCAGCAGGGUUUCUUCUGCCCAGACCCCAUCCCAGGCUCCGGAAUCAUAGCCCACCGCAGGCACCGCAGCUCAUCCACCAGGAGUGGAGGUGGUGAGCUAACGCUAGGGCUGGAGCCGUCUGAAGAGGAGCCCCCCAGGUCUCCACUGGCCCCCUCGGAAGGGGCUGGCUCUGAGGUGUUUGACGGUGACCUGGGAAUGGGGGCAGCUAAAGGGCUACAGAGCCUCCCCCAACAUGACCUCAGCCCUCUACAGCGGUACAGUGAGGACCCCACAGGACCUCUGCCCCCCGAGACUGAUGGCUACGUUGCCCCUUUGACCUGCAGCCCCCAGCCUGAAUAUGUGAACCAGCCAGAGUUUCGGCCACAGCCCCCUUCACCUGUGGAGGGUCCUCUGUCGCCUGUCCGACCUGCGGGUACUACUGUGGAAAGGCCCAAGACUCUCUCUACCGGGAAGAAUGGGGUUGUCAAAGACAUUUUUGCCUUUGGAGGGGCUGUGGAGAACCCUGAGUACUUGGCGCCCAGGGGAGGUGUUGCCUCUCAGCCUCACCCUCCACCUGCUUUCAGCCCAGCCUUUGACAACCUCUAUUACUGGGACCAGGACCCAUCAGAGCGGGGGUCUCCACCCAGCACCUUUGCAGGGACCCCUACAGCAGAGAACCCUGAGUACCUGGGUCUGGAUGUGCCAGUGUGAGGUCAAGUCUGCUGAGGCCCUGCUGUGCCUUUGGAGUGGGGAAGGCCUGACUUACGGCCCACAAAGCUGGGAGCAGGUCCUCUGGCCAUGUUACGGGGAGCCUGCCCCAAGGAACCUUCCUUGCUGCUUGAAUCCCUGGAUGGUGGAGUGGGGCCCAGCCUGGUUGGAAAAGGAGGUGUACUGGGCAGUCGAUUCUGAAGCCCUGCCCUGCCAGACUGUGGGGCUCAACGGACGCCACAUAGUUCCCUCGCCUGAGGCUGUUCUCUUCUUCCAGACCCUUGGUUCUAAAGGACUGAGGGAAGCUCAGCCUAGGAGGGACCAGGCCCCAGGGACUGCCUGAGAACAAGGACAGCCCUUGCCAGGAGACUGUCCCCGAGACUUCAUGGGACCCGGGAGGAAGGAGGAAGGGAGCUGCACCGGCGUCCAGACCAGUCCUUGUACAGAGUGCUACUUUGUUUUGUUUUUACGUGUUUUUUAAAGAUGAAAUGAGGACUCA